CCAGAAUAAAUAUGGCGGACGUAGGACGGAUUCCUAGGCGUAAGAAAGGCGCUAGAUUCCAUCCUAAAGAAGCUCCAUUUCCCAUUCCCAUUCAAAGUAUUUCAGGGAAACAAUCUUCCACUGAUAGAUGGUAUUAUUACACUGGUCAUUUCAGAGAUAAUUGCGUUGUAAUUGAAGAUUCAGGGGACCUUACUUUUCUUUACAAGAUGGUGAGUUACAGAGAAUGUCCAUGCCUGUCGUGGAUGUCAUCGUCAGGUGUGGCGACUCUCCCCAUCCUUCCCCUGAAAUUUUAUACUUUUGGUACAUCGAUUUAAAUCUUCUGCUUUUUCGUUGGAUCAUAGUUAUGGAUUAAAUUCACUUUUUUUAAAGUAGUGCCCUUUACAGACUCUGUGUAGCGGUACAUUCAGUAAUUGUUGUUUGCAAAAUACUUGGUACUCGGUAGUCUCAAAUUCCGGCCAAAUUUGGCUGGAAUCUCAUUCAACCAAGCUUGCAGAAAAUGUUAAAUUUUUGAUUAAAAUAAGUGCGGUUGUUUCUUGGUUGACGAAUUUCUUGAGCUAGAGCUCAUUUUUUGCACAAUCGGCAUGUGAAUAGCAGCACUGGGCAUAAGACCCACACGUCUGUAUUCAGCUUUAUUUUCCUUUAUUUUAAGAAGUGUUUUCCCAUUUCACCGAAGGUAUAAGGAAGUCAACCACAGAAAAAAACCUCGAUGAUGACAACAUGACAUGGAGUGUUAAAAAAUUAUUUACAUAAAGAGAGGCUAGAAUCCAAAUUCCGUAAAAGAUAUGUAUUAAACUUGUUGCAUGAAAAUUUCAAACUAAGGGGUGACAAAUUUGCGUGAAUGAAAGCUCAAAAACAACUAAGUUGAACUUAACUCUGUUAAAACAAAUCAACAAAAGUGUGUGAAAAAUUUUUACGUCAGCUUUCUAAUGUCAAGGUUAGCAUUCUUUGAUGUGUCUGGCUAAUUUGUGAUAUCAUGUGUGCUGUGUGUGAAUGCAAAAAAAAUAAAAAGGGGGAGGGAAGAGAAAAAUCGUAAUUUGAAAUUUAAAAAUGAAAGAGAUUUUCUACAUGGAGGUUGGCACUCUGAGCAAGUAGGAUUCUGAUGUAAUUUCAACUUUUUGAUUAUGGCUACAUCUUCAUUUUACCAACUUUCCUCCUGUCCAAAUGCAUUUUCAAUUUCUAAACCUCAGCAGACUAAUGGAAAAUCAUCACGUUUAUAUGUAGUAUCUUCAAAAAUUCAUUUCUGUUUUCUUUGUAGGGUUUUUUUGGGAAAGGAUUUCUGUCAAGAAGCAAACCUGAAUAUGAAACUAUUUCAAAUAUUUCUCAGAAAGCAUUUUCAAAAUCAGAAAAGCUAAGAAGAUGUAAGUAUUGAAUACUAUUAGAUUGUCAACUGUUAGAAGAGCUACUGAUGUUACUGCAUGUAACUGGGAUUGUGGUGGGGGGGGGGAGAGGGUGGGGGAUCUUAGUGACAAGUAGAUAGGAUCAGGUUAUCCAAAUAAGAAUGGGCAGUUCCACUGAAUAGAGAAAAGAGCAAAAGAUGCCUGCCACCUUUCCUCACCUGUAAGACUUUUUACAGUUCCUUAGUGAACACAGCUUAGGAACAAUUGUCAUGCCUGUAUUGGACUGCUUCCCAAUCAUACAUUGCCUUAAAUUUUAAUAUUUAGGUUUAGACAUAUUAAGAGUUAAUUUCAUAACCCUAUAUUUAAGUACCAGCUUAUAAAAUUAUAUUUAUUUCUUACACAGUUAUGUUACUUAUGCUAUCUGUAUUUCACUGCAAUGUAUUUGCAAUAUUUUAUAGUACCUCCAAGGGAGAGAGAAAUUAGACAGUCAAAGUUUCGUAUUGUAAGGAAGGAGAGGUAAAAAUUACUUUGUACAAGUACUGUUACAGUGGAGCAAAGCAGUCACUUAUGAUAUUGCUACCUAAAUUUUUUAAAUUAUUUUUUGGUAAAAUUUUAAGAUUCAACAAGGCUAUGAAUUUUGUUGUUUUUCAAUUUAUUGCAUGCUCAGUUGGGUGAAGUAGUGUGAAUUUUUUCUCUCUCUUUUUCAGAUUUAAAAAUCACAAGCAGUGGUGGCAGCAAGCUACUGGCACAACAUGUAAACAGGAUGAAAAGACAUAUGAAUCACUGGGAGAUAAAAUUGUCAAUAAGAAAGGAAUAAUUAGUCCUUCCCCUAAAAAGAGAAAAAGAAUGCAUGUAAGUUAAAUGGUGUGUAUUCAGACAGCUUAUUGGCCGAACCUGUUUGUUUGAAUUAAUAAAAAUCCCAACAACAUUAACAACCCUGAUGCCCAGUGACAAGCUGUGUUUUAAAAGAACUGAGUAGAAGCCUGAGUACAAAUCUGCAGAAAUCUCAAGUUUGAUGUUUUGUGUUAGGUGGAGACUGCUAAGCUGAAAGAUGUCACAUCUGUCAAUCAAUUAGAAUUUUGUAAUGGUACAAUAGAAACUGAAACACAAUCCAAUGAUGAUGAUGAUGAUGAUGAUGAUGAUGAUGAUGAUGAUGAUGAUGAUGACAACAACAAAGAAGAGGAGGAUGAUGAUGAUUUAGAUUACGAUGAUGAUGAUGAUGAUGAUGAUAGAAAUGUGCUUAGUAAUUCCAACGGAGAUGGCGAGGCGAGCAUAACUAACAGGGACCUGGAUGAAGUAAUGCAAGAUGUUGUGAGAAAUAAGAGUGGAUCUUCGAGUGCAAGUCGGUAAGACAUCAGUAAGACUCUUUUGCUGGGUCUAAACAGUCCUCGCUACAAUUUAUAACAUACAUUUAUGGUCCUACACAGAGUAUGACAUGAUAUGCCACUGAGAAAGAAACUCAGAUCAGAGAAGUUUUGCAAAGCAAAGUGAAAACAUGCACUGGAUCCAAAGCAUAAUUUGUCGCUGAAAAUCUGGACCAGUUCACAACACAGUCAUGAACAUAACAGUAUUUUCAAACAUUUAAUAUGUACCAGCCAUAUAUCUCGCAUUGAUAUAUAAGUGCAAGAUCACAUUUUUAACUAAUCAGAGGUGCAAAGUAAUGAUCAAUGUAUUUCCCCUGGUAAUUAAUAAUGAAAACCAAAAACAUUAAUCUAACUUGAAUAAGUGUAAUUCAUAUAUAUUUUUUCUUUUUUGGUAUGUCCAAGUCUUGAAAGGAAUCAAAAGAAAUCUGAUAGAGCCAUCGCAAAAGCAAAAGGAACAAAUCACAAAGCAUGCUCCACAAGACAAGAUGAUCCUUACAAAGUCUACGAGCAUUUACAGUUGAGUUUAGAAGAGGUUUGUAGAGCUUAUUACCUAUCAUUUUACAGAUUCAACUAGAAAAUGGUCGAUAAUAUGAGUUCAUUCAUUGUUUUCAUAAAAUUCUUCUCAUUAAGUUGUAGAGUACAUGUCAUCCAUCAGAUACUUGAAAUUCUAGAUUUCUUUUCUUCUUGCAGGCAUUUUUCCUUUCAUAUGGACUUGGUUGUCUGUCUGUAUUGGACAAGGAUAAGGUAGGAAUGCACAAGAAUUUAAAAUCUUUAUCUCCUUAUUUUUAAUUAAACUGACUUUCUCUCAAUUUUUUUUGGAAACUGUAACAAGUCCUCAAUUUAGCCAAAACUUUGCUAGCCUAGAUGUUUCAAUUUAUUAAUUUGCAAGCCACACUGAAUAUUGUUAAUCCAUAUUAACUUAUCUUCAUCAGUGAUUUCCAUCCUUUGCCCUUUUGAUUUGGAAUUUGUCUGCCUCAGUAACCUCAGAAUUUGUUACAGUUUUAUCUUUAGGCUUUUUUACAAAGGCCUCUUAUUGUAGAAGUAUUCUCUGGAUGUAGAGACUCUGUGUCAAUCUUUUUCUCCCAUUAUUGUAAGUCUUGUACUCACUCUUCACAAUCUACAAUUUGCUCAUUUUUCAAUCUAGAAACCCCUGUCCUUGGGUCAAACAUGGUGUGCUUUUUGUGAAGCAAAACAAGAAUUCAUCCCAAGUUAUGUAUCAUAUCAUUACUUCAGAUCCAAGGGAUGGGUUCCAAAAAUGGGAAUCAAAUAUGGAACAGACCUGGGUAACGUUCCAUAUACUAUUGUUUGCAUGUCUGUGGAUGAAAUUAGAAAAUUUUUACUGCUACAGCUUAAGGGUUCUUGAUUUAAAAUGGUUAAGUUCGGUCAACUCAAUUUGUGUGAAUAAAAUGAAAAGUCUGAUGUGAAUUAAAAGCAGCAUGGUUAAAUUCCACUUAUUCAAACCUCCUGGGUAAAAGGAGACUAUUUUAAUCCUUUAACUCCCAUAAAUGACCAAGACACAAUUUCUCCUUACAAUAUCAAUACAAUAUCAACCAGAUAAGUGAUAAGAAUAAAGACAAAUAUCAAUUUGGGGAUAAUUAAUUGAUCCAAUACUUAAUUCUCUGAACUAACAUAAUAAAAAUUGUAUGACUGACAGUAAGAAGAAUUACAAAUUUAAUCUGGGAGUUGAAGGGUUAAGUUCACUAUUAGGAUUAAAUUCCUUGUCAGCUUAUUCAUUUGGUUUUAUGUCACUUAUGUUUGACUUGCAGUUCUUUAUAAGGAGGGUAUGCCGUUUUAUCAUUCAAGGUAUGUUGCAAGUGAUAUUUCACUGAGGAAUUUUUUGGAUAAGGUUUAAGGCUGGUUUUCCAUUAAAAAUCAUGUGCAUUGCCUGAUUGUAUAUCCCAUGGAGCCAAUUAGAGCUCAUGCAACCAGCUUGAAGCAUAAGAAAACACAUUCAAGUAACUAAGUCAAAACUAAGUCGGGAUUGGUUUUAGUCGUGCAUUUGAUUGGUCAAGAGGGUGACUUCCCAUUGGUUUCCUCUAUACUUUUUCAUCAGAGGUUACCCCACUGGUUUCCAAAUUUCCAUGACAAUCCCUUUUAGGUGAAGGGACGUACUCUUAAAGAAAAUUUUUCUCCGAAAAACAACAGAGUCUCUUAAGGGCCCGAACUGCUCUAGUUGUCCUAACGUCAGUUACUUCUAUUGACCUUCUCAGGACUGCCCCUGUCCGGACGAUCAGACAACGCAAUUAAAUGUUUACGCAGUGUACUGUAUUAAUACGUAAUUAUUCUUUUUUCAUCUCUCACGAGUAUUUAUUUUUCUGCGCAUCGUGUUCGAUUUUUUUAAGCACAAACUGAAAAGCUGCCGGUGAAACAAAGAAAAUAAGUUUCGAGCUGUGGAGAAAUUUUUUAUCACCAGUAUCUUGCGCCAGACUUGUCAAGAUAACAUUUUCCUCGAAAGGUUCAAUACAAGGCUUGCAAUUUGGUAUUUUUUCUUUUUUAUCAUUUUUCAGCUAUUCUGUGAUUGUACAAAUGGUUGAUCACCAAUGCGAGGAUACAGAAAAAAGUGCUAAAACCAUCUCAGGUAGAGAGCUCAGUUGGCGUCAGCUGUGUGGAGUAGGGCGUGUCAAUGAACAUGCAGCUAAGGUAUUGUCCUUUUUUAUUCUAAAGCAUACAAAUGUAAUUGUUUUAGUAGCUUUAUUUAGCGCAUGCUCUAAUUGAAUACUUUGGGGUCACAUGAUAUUGAACGGUAAAGCUUUUUCGGGUCAACAGUCUCCUAGCGGGUAGCAUUGGCUAAUUUAUGACGUCAGCGGGUAACAGUGCACUGUAACCCGCGAUUUUCGACCGACGGCCGCUGUUGCACGUUAACAGAGCGCGAUUGAAGGUGGCAUCAGGAAUAGCGUAUGAGUGUCAGCGCGUCUUUCAACGUGACAAAAUUAAUCUGACUACUCAAAUUGGUUCUCCCUAACUUAACUACGCACCACGAUUGGUCUGGAAAACACGCGCCAACCUCUGAACCAAUCAGAUGGCAACCUUUUUACGACUGAGUUGCAUUAAACAAAAACCAAUUGACGGCCAAUCAAAACAAUGAGAAUGUCUUAAGGGGCCAAUGAGAACUCACUGAAAACAAGCAAACUACCUAAAGCCCGGGAAAACGCAAGUGACCAUGUCACGCUUUGUUUUAGUUCUGUAUCUGAUUGACUGAGUCUCCACCCCUUCCUCUUCCCUCCCCUCCCUAAAUGCAAUCCUGGUUUUCUUUGACGAAGCCUACGUGAGAGUGAUGAUUUUUGCUUUUGGUGGGACGAAAGUUAAUCGUUAAGCUCCCUGAUACAAGGACGAUAAAAGUUUAAUUUUUUUGCUUUUGAUUGGACGAAAGUUAAUCGUUAAGCUCCCUAAUACAAGGACGAUAAAAGUUUAAUUUUUUUGCUUUUGAUUGGACGAAAGUUAAUCGUUAAGCUCCCUAAUACAAGGACGAUAAAAGUUUAAUUUUUUUGCUUUUGAUUGGACGAAAGUUAAUCGUUAGGCUCCCUAAUACAAGGACGAUAAAAGUUUAAUUUUUUUGCUUUUGAUUGGACGAAAGUUAAUCGUUAAGCUCCGUAAUACAAGGGCGAUAAAAAUUUAUUCUCUCUUGUUUGUUUUAACAAGUUAUAACAGUAGUCAAUUGUUACAAUUAUUAUACCCAGCACAAAGUUUACGUAUGUGCCCUUCCUUUUUUAGGAAUUGAUGAUUUGUUACGUCAUCAAACCAUCAGGUUCGAAAGUAGCAUUUUUAUUAAUUCAUUCUGAUUUACGGCUGCUUUUUUGUCAUUUGUUUGUUUGUUCAUUUUACUUUUCUUUACUUGCUCAUUCAUUCAAGAAUGUAUUUGUCUUUAGACAUGAAAAAUGAAGAACUUUCCUCCCCAAAAUGUAUUUCAAGAUUUAAAAUACAGGUAAUUGCUAACCUUGUUGUAAAAAGUAAUAACAUGAUGUCUUAGCAGUAUUUUUCCUAUUGCAUCAUCGGUAGCCGCCUAUGAAAACAAGUUAUUGAAAACUCGGGAAAGAUUUGAUUCUCUUACUUGUGUGUGCUUUCAUUUUUAAUCCAUUUACCUCAAUCAACGUUUUUAAAGUGUGAAAACAAAGUACCUGUGCACCUCUUUGUUCAUUAUUUGCAGGAAGUUGUACUCAGGCGGUGGAUUCCUGAAAGGGCACGAGAACCAGACAAAGAAAAGUCUUGAAACGGAUCAAACCACGUACAACCAACUUUCUGCCAUGCACUCAACGACCAAACAGUGUUACGGUGUCGACCUAGAUGCUUCCCGAUAAGAUCUCGUUUCCAUAUUCAGAGAGAGGCUCGGGUCGGGUCGAAAAAAGGAAGGAAGUUUGGGUCACGCGUCCCGAUCCAAUCGUCCCUCGUGUUUCACUUCUCCGCCACCAUCCGGCCGAGUAAGAACCAAUCAGAACACUCGGAUUUACCUCAGGACUACCUUGUCUUAUAAUAAAAGGUGUUCUCUUCAAUCUGAAUUGACCCAAAUUCGUUUCCCGUCGGGGUAUCCGUCUAAUGCUCGACAACUGAUUAGUGUGAGAACAAAAACCCCUGAAUAACGUUUGCCUGGACCUUUUUGAGGUCUUUCUCUCAGCUGAUUGCAUAAAACAGUGAUGCAGAUAUCUUUAAGUGUGCAUUUGCCGUGAAUGACAUGUGUCCUCUACUCUGGUGGUUCAAGCGUGUAUUUAUAACUAAGUUAAAGAAAACGUUUGCUGCUAAAACACAAAAUACUCUGCAACAUGUGGA